GGCAAAACUCCACUCUUCCACUCUUCUCCAUUCUUCUCCACUUGCACUCUUCCCUUCUGGUUUGCUGGCAGGUUCUGCCUCCAGGCUGGACACUGCCGUGGGCCCCUUGGUGCCAGCACAGGUCACCCGUGUCACCGCCGUGUCCGCGCCCGCCGUCACCCUGGUGGCCACCAACCUGAUGGAGCAGGCACGAGCAGAUCGUGGCAAGGACCCGAGCAGAGGCUCCUGCCCCCCGACGCUGAUCCUGCACACCGAGAGGAAGAGUGUCCCCACGGGCAGUGACAGGGACAAGGAUCCCUCCUUCAAGCUCCUGAGCGAGGCUGAUGGUGCUGCCAAGGGGAACAAGCCCGUGGCAUCCACCCCAGUGCCAGGAUCCCCGUGGUGUGUGGUCUGGACUGGAGAUGACCGCGUGUUCUUCUUCAACCCCACCAUGCAGCUGUCAGUGUGGGAGCGGCCGCUGGACCUGCGGCACCGCGGGGACAUCAAGCGGCUGCUCGAGGACCCCCCGCACAAACGCAAGCUGGAGGCGGCAGCAACAGACAAAUGUGUGAGCUCUUGUCCAGGGGAUGAAAAUGAUGACCUGAGCAUCAAAACAAAGAGAAAUAAUUUCGAGCUGAAACCAGGACAUCCUGUGCAAAGAAGGUUAAAUGCAGUUUUUAUUCUUCCACCCCAGGAAUCGUGCCCAGGGUUCCUCAGCUCCCUCCCCAUGCCUGUGAAAUGCCCUGCCCCUGGUCUGUGCCCCCAGGUGUCGGCGUUCUCCACCUGGGAGAAGGAGCUGCACAAGAUCGUGUUCGACCCCCGCUACCUCCUGCUCAACCCCGAGGAGAGGAGGCAGAUUUUCGAGCAGUUUGUCAAGACCCGGGUCAGGGAGGAGUACAAAGAGAAGAAGAACAAGUUGCUGUUGGCCAAGGAAGAAUUCAAGAAGCUUCUGGAAGAAUCCAAGUUAUCCCCAAGGACAACCUUCAAGGAAUUCGCGGAGAAGCACGGCCGGGACCAGCGCUUCCGCCUCGUGCAGAAGAAGAAGGACCAGGAGCAUUUUUUCAAUCAGUUCAUCCUCAUUCUCAAAAAGAGGGACAAGGAGAACAGGAUAAGGCUACGGAAAAUGAGAUAAAAGCGGCAGUGAAGGCACAGUGGCUGCGGGAGGGGAUCCCAAGGAUGCUCGGGGUCCAGGAGUGGCAGAUCCCGAGGGAAAAUCUCCUCUGGAAGGAGCCCCUGCAGCAGCCAGUGCAGCUGGGGAGGCUCUUCUGCAGCAAUGGGAAGGAUCUUUCGUUCUCAAAGAAUUAAUGUUUCAUAUUGAAGCUCUCUUUUGUACAACAUCCCGAGUUCGAUGCAUUUCUAAUUGCCGUGAUAUGUCGAUCCCUUAAUUGUUUUAAUUAUGCAAAAUUACUUGUAAUAUACACAAGUUACGACUCCAAUGCAGAUUUAUAAUUAAGCAGAAGCAGAUGCCAUCCAGAGCGAUCUCAAGGCGUUUUCCAUCAUUCCGGGGAAUUCUCUCAAGCAAUCUUUUUGGCAACUCUGCAUUUGCACCAAGUGUGGGGGGUCUGGUGGUGUGCAGGACCCGCUCCCGCUGCUCAUCCGUCUCUGUCCAGUCCUCUGAGUAGUAGUGAUCAGCUUUUAAUCGUUAAUCUUGGUGAAGAGUGUGACAAUCUUGGCACAUGUUCCAUCCAGAACUUCCCGUGGGCCCCUGAGCCUUCCAACCCCAGUUCUGUGGUGAAGCCAUCCCAGUCGGAUUUGGGUUCUGUUCCUGUGCGUGAAGAGUCUGCAUGAGAUUUUUCUCAUCAUAUUUGUAUAAAUAAAUAUUUAACUUUUGUAAUUAUGAA